AUAAAAGGAUGGAGGAGAGCAAAAAGGUCCGUCCAUAAGAGCACAAAGCACCACCAGUACAAUAUCGCUUUGAGAGAGUUAGAACAGCUGUUUUUUCUCUCAUCUCAAAAGGAUUUACAGUUUAUAUGCAAUAAGGAAUAAUCACUUCGGAGAACGAUAUAACGUUGCAGAGAGGAGGCACGGACAGUUUGGAUCCGUGGCAAGAUGGCUGUCUCCACUCAGUUGGGUUUGCUGUUGUGGAAGAACUUCACUUACCGACGGAGACAAACUAUUCAGCUGCUGAUCGAGAUCAUAUGGCCACUCUUCAUCUUUUUCAUCUUGAUAUCUGUCAGACUCCACUAUCCUCCAUACGAACAACAUGAAUGCCACUUUCCCAACAAGGCCAUGCCAUCCGCGGGGACAUUACCAUGGGUUCAGGGCAUCAUCUGCAAUGCCAACAACCCCUGCUUUCGCUACCCGACCCCUGGAGAGACACCCGGGGUAGUGGGCAACUUCAAUGACUCAAUCAUCUCACGACUUUUCAUCGAUGCCAAGAAGAUUCUUCUCUACAGCCAACAUGACAAGAGCUUUGAAGGUUUCAAAGGACUCGUCCGGGCCUUGAGAAAACUGCAGAGAAACACUGAAGGGUUCAAGCUGAAGGACUUCCUCCGUGAUAAUGAAACGCUGUCUGUGUUUCUUGAGAAAAAUGCUACCCUGCCCAAGCAUGCUGUGACACAGAUAGUGGAGGCUAACGUCAACUUGGAGAAGGUGCUUAUUAAAGGCUUCGGCGUUCAUCUCAGAGACCUGUGCAAUACCACGUCUCUGGAGGAUUUUGUGACUAUUGCCGAUAAGGACGUGUCUGAGCUGACACAAAACAUCAUCUGUCAGUCAUCUGCUGAAUGGCUGAACAAUGCAGAAAGCCACUUCUUGUCCAACCUGGACUUCCUGAAGCCAAUACGGAGGGAUGUCAAAUCCGACCCGAAGAUUAUCCAAGAUGUGUCCAUAGCGACAGACAGCCUUCUGGAGAGUUUGGGAGCAUUAGCGGUGGAGUUUGCGAGUAUAAAGAGCUGGCGGGACAUGCGCAACGAGAUCCUGUACCUGACAGGAAACAGCACACAGUCCCCCAACCACAUGUACCAGGCCGUGUCCCGCAUUGUCUGUGGCCACCCGGAGGGUGGAGGCCUGAAGAUCAAGUCGCUAAACUGGUACGAGGACAACAACUACAAGGCCCUCUUUGGAAACUACGGCAAUGACAGCGACAGCGAACCUGAUUCUGUUUAUGACAACUCCUCCACGCCCUACUGCAACAGCCUGAUGAAGGGCCUGGAGUCGAGUCCCAUAUCCCGCAUGAUUUGGAGGGCUCUGAAGCCGCUGCUCAUGGGGAAGAUCUUGUACACCCCAGACACUCCUGCUACACAGAGGAUCAUACAAGAGGUCAAUAAGACGUUUCAGGAGCUCGGUGUGCUCAGGGACCUCGGCGGCAUGUGGGAAGAGGUCAGACCCAAAAUCUGGAACUUUAUGGAGCACAGUGAGGAGAUGGACCUCGUUCGGACGCUCCUCCAGAACAACGCUAGCGCUCGCUUCUUUAACGCCAAGCUGAGCGGGACGGACUGGCACGUGGAGGACGUGUCCAGCUUUCUGUCCAAGGCUUCAGAGGACACGCGUCCCCAAGGUUCGGCGUACACAUGGAGAGAAGUGUUCAACGAGACGGAUCAGGCCAUCCAGACCAUCUCGCGGUUCAUGGAGUGUGUGACCUUGGAUAAGCUGGAGCCGGUGGCUAAUGAGGAGCGUUUGGUAAACAAGUCCAUGCGUUUGCUGGAUAACCGCAAGUUUUGGGCUGGGAUCGUGUUUCCUGACAUGCAGACCAACACGUCUGACCUGCCGCCUAAUGUCAACUACAAGAUACGCAUGGAUAUUGAUAACGUGGAGCGCACCAACAAGAUCAAGGAUGGAUACUGGGAUCCUGGUCCUCGUGCGGACCCGUUUGAAGACCUGCGGUAUAUCUGGGGCGGCUUCUCCUACCUGCAGGACGUGAUUGAACACGGGAUCAUACGAGCUCUGACCGGCAGCAAGGAGAAAACGGGAGUUUACAUCCAGCAGAUGCCGUAUCCCUGCUAUGUGGACGACAUUUUCCUGCGGGUAAUGAGCCGCUCCAUGCCUCUGUUCAUGACUCUGGCCUGGAUGUACUCGGUGGCCAUCAUCAUCAAGGGUGUGGUGUACGAGAAGGAAGCCCGGCUCAAGGAGACCAUGAGGAUUAUGGGUCUGGAUAAUGGCAUCUUGUGGCUCAGCUGGUUCAUCAGUAGUCUGAUCCCACUGCUCAUCAGCGCCGCCCUGCUGGUGCUCAUCCUGAAGAUGGGGAAUCUGCUUCCGUACAGUGAUCCUGGUGUGGUCUACUUGUUCUUGGCCUCCUUUGCCGUCGUGACCAUCAUGCAGUGUUUCUUGAUCAGCACGCUCUUCUCCCGCGCUAACCUCGCCGCGGCCUGCGGAGGCAUCAUAUACUUCACUCUCUACCUUCCCUAUGUGCUGUGCGUGGCCUGGCAGGAUUAUGUGGGUUUUGGUGCCAAAGUAGUAGUGAGCCUCUUGUCUCCGGUGGCGUUCGGCUUCGGCUGCGAGUACUUCGCUCUGUUCGAGGAGCAGGGUGUGGGCAUACAGUGGAGUAACCUGCUGUCCAGCCCCAUGCAGGAAGACAGCUACAGUCUCACCACUUCCAUCUCGCUCAUGCUCUUCGAUUCUGUGCUCUACGCCGUCAUGACCUGGUACAUUGAAGCUGUGUUUCCAGGUCAAUACGGCAUCCCACGACCCUGGUACUUCCCCUUCACCAAGUCAUACUGGUGUGGAGAGAAAUGCGGUGGGAUUACAUCAGCACCGACCAACAAGAAAGAAAAUGCUGAAGCUGUAUGCAUUGAAGAAGAACCAGCUCACCUGGAUCCAGGUGUUUACAUUGAGAACCUGGUGAAGGUCUACAGCAACGGCAAACUGGCGGUGGAUGGUUUGACUCUGGGUUUUUAUGAGGGUCAAAUCACCUCCUUCCUGGGGCACAACGGCGCUGGAAAAACCACAACCAUGUCUAUCCUCACCGGCCUGUUUCCACCCACCUCAGGCACCGCUUACAUCCAGGGCAAAGACAUUCGCACUGAUCUGAACACUAUACGCCAAAACCUAGGCGUGUGUCCGCAGCAUAACGUCCUGUUUAGCAUGCUCACCGUGGAGGAGCACAUCUGGUUUUAUGCACGUCUGAAGGGUUUGCCUGAGGAGAAGGUGAAAUCAGAGAUGGAGCAGAUCGUGAUGGACCUCGGCCUGCCUCAUAAACGCAAAUCUCGCACCAACCAGCUCUCAGGAGGAAUGCAGAGGAAGUUAUCAGUCGCACUGGCGUUUGUGGGAGGGUCAAAGGUCGUGAUCCUGGAUGAGCCCACAGCUGGAGUCGAUCCUUACUCUCGCCGAGGCAUCUGGGACCUGCUGCUCAAGUAUCGCCAUGGACGCACGAUCAUCCUGUCCACACACCACAUGGACGAAGCCGAUAUCCUGGGGGAUCGCAUUGCCAUCAUCUCCCACGGGAAGCUGUGCUGUGUGGGCUCCUCUCUGUUCCUCAAGACCCAGCUGGGAACGGGAUACUAUCUGACGCUGGUGAAGAAGGACUUCGAUCUCUCUGCGAGCUCCUGCCGCUCCAGCAGCACCGUCUCCUACUCCAAAGGAAGUCUCAAGAAGGACGAUAGUGUUUCUGAGAGCAGUUCUGAUGCCGGACUGGGCAGCGACCAUGAAAGCGAAACCACCACCAUAGACAUCUCCUUGAUCUCCAAUGUGAUUUUCAAGCACGUUCCUACAGCCAGACAGGUUGAAGAUCUCGGUCACGAGAUCACUUACAUUCUGCCUUACGAGUCGGCCAAAGACGGAGCGUUUGUGGAGCUCUUCCAUGAGAUCGACGACCGGCUCACUGACCUUGGCAUUUCAAGUUACGGCAUCUCUGACACAACCCUGGAAGAGAUUUUCCUCAAAGUGGCAGAGGACAACGGUGUUGAUGCUGAAAUGUCAGAUGGGAUUCUACCUGCACGCAGGAACCGCAGACACGCUUUUGGUGACCAUCAGAGCUGCCUGAAGCCUUACACCGAAGACGACUUUGAUUUCAAUGACUCAGAAGGUGAUCCAGAAUCUCGUGAGACGGACUGGUUGGGUGGCGCUGAUGGUAAAGGUUCGUACCAGGUCAAGGGCUGGAGUCUGAAGAGACAGCAGUUUGUAGCUUUGCUCUGGAAACGCUUCCUGUACGCCCGACGUUCCCGGAAAGGUUUCUUUGCUCAGAUUGUGCUUCCUGCUGUGUUUGUGUGCAUCGCCCUGGUUUUCAGUCUCAUUGUCCCUCCCUUCGGAAAGUAUCCCAGUCUGGCUCUGGAGCCCAGCAUGUAUGAGGAGCAGUUCACCUUUGUCAGCAAUGAUGCACCAGAGGACAGACACACAAACAAGUUACUCGAAGCUCUCAUGGACAGUCCGGCUUACAAUGAACAAUGCACAGACGAUCAAAACGCUGCCAGUAGCAAAUCAUGUCAGAUUAAAGAUGGAGAGUGGAUGGUUCCAGAGGUUCCCGAGACUGUUCAGGACAUGUUCGUAAAAGGGAACUGGAGUAUGGAAAACCCAUCGCCUCUGUGUGAGUGCAGUUGCGAAGGCAGGAAAAAGAUGCUUCCAGAGUGUCCGCCAGGAGCAGGUGGUCUGCCACCGCCUCAGAUCAAAGUCACCAUUAAUGAAACCCUGCAGAAUCUGACAGGCAGAAACAUUUCAGACUACUUGGUGAAAACAUAUGCACAGAUCAUUGGGAAAAGCUUAAAGAACAAGCUCUGGGUCAACGAAUUCAGGUAUGGUGGAUUCUCAUUGGGCGCUAGAAGCUCACAGGCCCUCCCCCCUAGUGAUGAGAUCACCGAUGCCAUCUCUCACAUUCGUAACCGCUUCAGUUUUCAAGCGGGAACCGCAGCUGACCGCUUUUUGGGAAGCCUGUCGAAUUUCAUCCGAGGUCUCGAUACCAAGAACAAUGUGAAGAUCUGGUUCAAUAAUAAGGGCUGGCACAGUAUUGGAGCGUUCCUCAAUGUCAUGAACAAUGCCGUCCUGCGUGCUAAUCUGCCCCCCGGCCCGGAACGGUCCAAAUUCGGCAUCAAAGCAUUCAACCAUCCGCUCAACCUCACCAAAGAGCAGCUCUCACAGGUGGCGCUAAUGACGACCUCAGUCGACGUGCUGGUGUCCAUCUGUGUCAUCUUCGCCAUGUCUUUCGUCCCGGCCAGCUUUGUGGUGUUCCUUAUUCAGGAGAGAGUGAAUAAAGCCAAACACAUGCAAUUCAUCAGUGGAGUGCAGCCCUUCCUCUACUGGCUGGCCAACUUUGUGUGGGACAUGUGCAACUACAUUGUCCCAGCGACCCUGGUCAUCAUCAUCUUCGUCUGUUUCCAGCAAGAGGCCUAUGUGUCCUCCACCAAUCUUCCUGUUCUCGCUCUCCUGCUACUGCUCUACGGGUGGUCCAUAACACCCCUGAUGUACCCAGCAUCAUUCUUCUUUAAGAUUCCCAGUACGGCAUAUGUGGUUUUGACCAGCGUUAACAUCCUUAUUGGAAUAAAUGGCAGCGUAUCCACAUUUGUCCUGGAGCUUUUCGGCAGCAAUGAAAUUGGUGGCAUCAACGAUAUCUUGAAAAACGUGUUCCUGAUCUUCCCUCACUUCUGUCUGGGCAGAGGACUCAUUGACAUGGUGAAGAACCAAGCUAUGGCUGACGCUCUGGAGAGAUUUGGUGAGAAUCGAUUCCGUUCUCCUCUGGCGUGGGACAUGGUGGGCAAGAAUCUCUUUGCCAUGGCCAUAGAAGGCGUGAUUUUCUUCUGCAUCACUGUCCUCAUCCAGUACCGUUUCUGCAUCAAGGCCAGGCCGGUCAGCACUAAGCUGAAGCCCAUCGGAGAGGAGGAUGAGGAUGUGGCCAGAGAAAGACAGAGGAUCUUAUGCGGAGGUGGACAGACUGAUAUCCUUGAGCUCAAACAGCUCACUAAGGUUUAUAAGAGAAAGCAGAAGCCAGCUGUAGACAGACUGUGUGUGGGCAUCCCACCUGGAGAGUGUUUUGGCUUGCUCGGCGUGAACGGAGCUGGAAAGACGAGCACCUUCAAGAUGCUCACAGGAGACUCUGUUGUCACUAGCGGAGAGGCCUACUUGGCAGGAAAGAGUGUGCUGAAAGAGAUCGAUGAAGUGCAUCAGAACAUGGGCUACUGUCCUCAGUUUGAUGCCAUCAAUGAUCUGCUGACUGGACGAGAACAUCUGGAGUUUUACGCCAUUCUGCGGGGCAUCCCAGAGAAGGAAGUGUGCGAGGUGGCGGAUUGGGGUAUUCGUAAACUGGGGCUGAUGAAGUAUGUAGACAAAGCCGCAGGAAGCUACAGUGGGGGAAACAUGAGGAAGCUUUCUACAGCUAUGGCGCUCAUUGGAGGACCGCCAGUGGUGUUCUUGGACGAACCCACCACUGGGAUGGACCCCAAAGCCCGGCGGGCCCUGUGGAACUGCAUCCUCAGCAUCAUUAAAGAAGGACGCUCGGUCGUCCUGACCUCACACAGUAUGGAGGAGUGUGAGGCGCUCUGCACUCGUAUGGCCAUCAUGGUGAACGGCAGGUUCCGCUGCCUGGGCAGUGUGCAGCACUUAAAGAACAAGUUCGGUGACGGGUACACCAUCAUCCUGCGGGUGGCAGGGGCCGAUCCGCAGCUGGAGCCGGUGAUGGAGUUCAUCGAGCGGGAGCUGCCGGGCAGCACCCUGAAGGAGAAGCACAGGAACAUGCUGCAGUACCAGCUGCCCUCGUCGCUGACGUCUCUAGCCCGCAUCUUUAGCAUCCUCUCCGAGAACAAAGAGCAGCUCCACAUCGAGGACUACUCCGUCUCACAGACCACUUUAGACCAAGUAUUUGUCAAUUUUGCCAAGGACCAAAGUGACGAGGACCACUUAAAAGACAUUUCCAUUAACAAAAACGAUGCCGUCGUGGACAUUUCACACCUGAACGCCUUCCUCAUAGACGAGAAGGCCAAAGAGACUGUGGUGUGAUGCGCCAUUCAACGGAUACAAAAAUCCACCCUCAUGGGACUAGCGUGUCAUUUGUUGUUUUUUUGUACUACUCUUUAGUUUUUUGUUCAAUUUCAGUCGUGUGUGUUUGUGCCCACAAGAGGGCUCUGGACCUAAAACACACUACUGAAACAAACAAUGCAAAUCAAUGCAAAAAGAGGGAGAAGAUUGAAGUAAAACGAACGCAGCCGAGCCUGGUGCUCGUCGCUCCGUCGAGAGGAAACUUGAAUCUGUUCGCUCCACUAGCGGUGAAUGUUUGAUUGACUGCGGAAAUAUCAAUCAGACACUGCCAAUGAGAUCUAAUUCAGGGCCGAAGUUCAUCUCCUCAUUUAGCACAGGCUUCAAACUUUUCAGCAACUACUCUUGCUCUUUGUACUUUAUUCUUUUUUUAGAUAUGCAUUUUAAAACUAUACUCAAAUGAUAUUUUGAUGCAACGAUGUGCAAUGUUUCACUAUUGUUAUUAUUGUCAAGUGUUUGAAAGUGUCGUGCCUUGAAACAACACUCCGCCGAUGGACUCGAAGCGUGGAGCACAACACUGUCAUCGUAGCUACGGCGGUAUUUACGUCUACUGUGAAGACGGAGCGGAUGACUAUACAAGUUUAAUGCAUGCUUUACGUGGAUGCCGUGUUUAGGACGCCAUCGUAAGCUCAAGCAUGUUCUAGCUUUGUUAUCCUGAAGUAUUUCUGUGUGGGUUUCAGCAGAUGUGUUCGCUGAUCUUGAGCCGAGGACUUCGCUGGGAGAUCCCGUAGUUGUUUCUGUGUCCAAAACGGGCCGAAGCGGAGGCGAGUUCAUUUAGUGUGAAACUGUAUAGAAACAAAUCAUGUCCGUGCCAAACCAGGUCAAGUGGUUUGAAGUCAUAGCAAAGGAACGUAGUAGCAAAUGUUGGAUAUUAUGGUAGUGACUCUCAGCAGGCUACUAAAUGUUACAUUUGUUGUUGAAUUUCAUUGUACAAUAAGGCCUGGAGAGACGACAGCUACGUUUUUUCAUAGGCCUCUGGUACAGGAGUUAAUAUCUCAGGAUGUGCCUCCUUAUCCUGUGUAGAUGCUUAGUUUCAGUUCGUUAUACCACUUUUAUGAUCUCGACCAUUGGCACCGUUGUUGUUCGCCUACAGCGUGAAGUGACCAAAAGCAAUGCGGUGCUACCAAUUGAGUUUAUUUUCCAAAUCCAUGAGGUGCUUUUUAGUCAAACACCCUCAGAAAUUAAGCAACAGUCCCUGCUGCACAUUUGAAAUGACAUGGAAGAAAAAGAAAAAAAAAAAAAAAUUAUUGUCUUUGGUCCAAAACUGAAGCACUUUAUAUUGUUAAAAACUGGUCUUGACAUUCAUAAUUCACAAACAGGACAUUUUGUGUUUAACAAAAGGUUAAUAGACUAUUUUAGAUGUCCCACCGUGGCCAUUAUUUUCUGUGUUACAAUGUAUGUGUUUACAUUUUAAAUAUUAAAAAUUAUUUCAGUCA